AUGGGAGUUCAAGCUAUCGACAAGGCGACAGAGAUGAUUGAGAAAGGGACUGAAGCAAGGGAGAAAAAGAAAAAGAAAAAGAAAGGUGGUGAGCCCAUGGUGGAUUCAGUGUCUUUCCCUGCCUGUUUUUUUAAUCGAUUGGGAUUCAUGACCGAAAUUAUUCAUAAUUCCCGUCUUGAUAACGUGCCAAACCUCUGGGUAGUCUGGAAAAAUUCUCUUGCGAGGCCUGUGGUGGUGCAGUCCUCAGAGCAGAUGAUUUCAGUUUCAAUGCAAUGGAAUGGUCAGCAGGUUGUGGUUUCUGUGAUUCAUGCCUCGUGUUUCAGGGCAGAGCGUAGGAAUCUUUGGGUGGAGAUGGGCAUUGUGGCUGCCCUGUCCCUUCCAUGGGUUGCUCUAGGGGACUUUAAUGCCACCUUGUAUUCUCAUGAGAAGAGGGGUCCUGGUAGAUUCAAUGUGGGUCCCGCGGUAGAGUUCCAGGCCAUGGUAGAUGCUUAUGAUUUGAUAAGCUCUCCGUCCCAGGGAUCCAAAUUUACCUGGACUAACAAUAGAUGUAGAGGACAUGUGGCGGUAAGGCUUGACAGAAGUUUUUUCAAUGCUCAAUGGUUAGAAGUUUUUGGUGAUUGUGGUCAGAAGGUGCUCCAUAGAUCAAUUUCAGAUCAUGCUCCAAUCCUUUUUUCCUCGGCAGCGAUUCCUAAGCCUCGAAAUGCCCCUUUCAGAUUUCAUCAUUUUUGGAUGGAAGAGGAAUCCUUUAAGGACCUGGUGAGGGAUGUGUGGUCUAAGGAGGUUAGGGGUGGUCCCAUUGGCAAGCUGGUAUAUAAAUUAAGGGCGGUGAAGAGUGCUCUAAAAGGGUGGGCAAGACAGACUUUCCCUAACUUGGAUGUAGCUCUUAAAGAUGCUACUGAAGAAGUGGAGGAAGUCCAGCAAACUAUCGACCAGGUAGGGAUGUUUGAUGAGUUAUACUCCAGAGAAGCAGAGGCGAAAACUAAGCUCUUAAAAGCAGUGGAGAUGCACGAAAAUCUUUGGGCUGAAAAGGCUCGCUGCAAUUGGGCGAAACUUGGAGACCGUAACUCAAAAUUCUUUCACUUAUCGGUUAAGGUGCGACGUAUAAAAAACAGCAUUCGCACUUUGAAAAAACAAGACGGUACAGUGGUCUCUGAGCCGCUGCAGAUGGCAAAAUAUGUGUCACUUUUUUUUGAAAAUUUUCAUAAAGCGGACCAUUGCAUAGAUCAUAUGGAGCUGUUGCAGGUGAUUCCUAAUGAGGUGAAUAGGGAGGACUCUUCCAUAUUAGAAGCUAUCCCUUCCAGAGAAGAGAUUAAGAAGGUGGUAUGGGGGUUGGAUCCAGAUAGCUCUUCUGGCCCUGAUGGGUUUCUAGGAGCUUUCUUCAAACAGUGUUGGGAGAUAGUGGGUGAUGAUUUUUGUGGGGCUGUGAUUGCUUUCUUCCGCUGUGGGAAGCUUCCGAAUGGAGUAAAAAACAGUUUUUGA